CGUGAAAAAAUUGACCAUCAGAAACCCAAAGUUGCAGAGCUCUUUUAUCUUUAAAAUAUCACCCAGAAUUCCAGUCUUUACCUUUAGGUUUACAAUACAAAAUAAUAAAUAUUAAAUCUUGCAUUUAUCUUUCCCACUGCUUUUGUUUGGAAUCAAAUUAUUCUGAUAAUCAUCCAUUAAUCAAUCCAUUACAGUCUCCACCUGCAACAAAAGCUUCUCUCUUUCUCAGCCAUGGCGCCCGUUGACCCACACUCCUUCACCGAUUCCGACCACCCUUUAACCACCCACGUCUCCCUCAUUCUCUACUUCGACUUCCCCUCGUCCACCAUUUCCGCCGCCACGCUCCUCACGCUCGCCGCGCCUUAUUCCGGCGAACUCACUCUCGACACCCGUUCGCUCUCCAUCUCCGCCGUUCUCGACCCGCUCUCGCUUUCUCCGCUCCCCUAUUCGCUCUCCCCUUCCCCGCCGGACCCCGUCCUCGGCCAAUCGCUCACCGUAUCGGUCUCCGACAAAGCGCAAGUCUUGAUUCUCUCGAAAACCAGCCCCGCCAGCUCCGCCCUGCAGUGGCUUUCUCCGCCGCAGACGUUUAACAAGACGCAUCCUUUCGUGUACACUCAGUGCCAGUCCAUUCACGCCAGGUCCAUCUUCCCUUGCCAGGACACGCCCGCCGCGAGGACCAAAUACUCCGCGAAGCUCAACGUCCCGCGGCAGCUCUCGGCGGUGAUGUCCGCCAAGCACGUGGAGAGGCGGCCGCCGGCGCCGGCGGAGGCCGGAGGAGCAUGCGAGGAUUCAAUUUGGUGUGCGGAUGAUCGGAUUGUGGAGGAAUUCGUGAUGGAGCAGCCGAUUCCGCCGUAUCUAUUCGCGUUUGCGGUUGGGGAAUUAGGGUUCCGGGAGGUCGGGCCACGGACUAGGGUUUAUUCCGAGGCGACCCCCGCCGUGUUGGACGCCGCCGCCCAGGAGUUUGCCGGUACUGAGGAGAUUAUCAGGGUUGGAGAGAAGCUUUUCGGGGCUUACGAAUGGGAGAGGUUUGAUUUAUUGGUGCUGCCUCCAAGCUUUCCGUAUGGAGGAAUGGAGAAUCCGAGAAUGGUGUUCUUGACACCCACCGUAAUCAAGGGAGAUGCCACCGGAGCUCAGGUGGUGGCUCAUGAACUUGCUCAUAGCUGGACUGGAAAUUUGAUCACUAACAAGAACAAUGAUCACUUUUGGCUAAACGAGGGUUUCACGACAUAUGCAGAGCGGAGGAUUGUUGAGGUGGUGCAAGGAGAGGAAAGAGCUGCGAUGAAUAUCGGUAUUGGCUGGAGGGGACUGGUUGAGGAUACGGAAAGAUUCAAGGAUAAGUUGGAGUUCACGAAGCUUAAAACCAACCAGGCAGGGGUUGACCCGGAUGAUGUAUAUUCUUCGGUCCCGUAUGAAAAAGGGUUCCAGUUUUUGUGGCGGAUUGAGAGACAAGUUGGAAGACCCGCCUUUGAUGAAUUUCUGAAGAAGUACAUUGAGACCUUCAAGUUUCAGUCGAUUGAUACUGAUACGUUUCUUGAUUUCCUCAAAGCAAACAUCCCGGGAAUAGGGGAUGAAGUUGAUUUGAAGCUAUGGACCGAGGGUACUGGCAUACCUCCAGAUGCCAUGGAGCCAGUUUCCGACCUCUACUCAAAGAUCGUUUCUCUGGCCGAAGAAUUCAAGCUAGGUAGGAUGCCACGAGAGGAUGAAGUCGCGGACUGGCAUGGACAAGAAUGGGAGCUUUACCUAGAGAACCUACCGAAAUCUGUUGAAGCUUCACAGGUGAGGGCAUUAGAUGCUCGGUACAGGCUUUCGGAGUCGAAAAACUAUGAGGUGAGGGUCGGGUUUCUGAAGCUCGGGAUCUCAGCGGGGUGCAGAGAGUACUACAACGAGGUGGAAAAGACUCUGAAGGAGGUGGGGAGGAUGCUGUACCUUCGCCCGCUUUACACUGCCCUCGUGCAAGGCGACGGGAAGGAAGAAGACAAGGUUUUUGCGAGAAGGGUGUUUUCGGAAGCCUGUGAUUGUUACCACCCCAUAGCUAAGGGAGUUGUUGAGGCCAUUUUUGCCAAAUUUGGAUGAUAUUUCAUCAAAGGCAGUUGUUAGUUAGUGUCUAACCUUAAUUGCCUUUUCAGAAUGUGGAUUUCUUCUAACUAGCUUCACCUGUCACUCUCUCAGUACAUUAAUGUUCCCAGAAGGAAGUCUUUUUCUGAUCCUUAGCUUCAUCAAUCAUGAUAAAAUAAUAUU